CAACGGACUCUCUCUCUCUCUCUCUCUCUCUCAUCCCCUUAUAUUGACGAUGAAAGUUUGGAACACUCUCCGGUAAAGCCCCUCUCCUAAUAAAUAUCUUCAACAUUCCAAUUUUACCCUCCAUAUUCCCUUGAAUUCUCCAAAAUUACCAUCCGCCAUGUUCAUGCUCGUCAACUGCUCUCACUGCCAUACCCCUCUGCAGCUGCCUCCAGGUGCCAGAUCGAUUCGCUGCGCUAUUUGCCAAGCCAUCACUCACCUCGCCGAUCCCCGCACCAUUCCGCCGCCGCCGUCGUCGGAGUUUCCGCCGCCGUCGGAGUUGCCCUCCCCUCCUCCUCCGCCGUCUCCGUACAACCACACCCCGCCGGGUCCUCCGCCAUCGGCGCACGGGAGGAAGAAGGCCGUGAUCUGUGGGAUAUCGUAUAAAUACUCGAGGCACGAACUCAAGGGUUGUAUAAACGACGCCAAGUGUAUGAAAUUUCUCUUGAUCAACAAGUUUCAAUUCCCCGAGGCUUCCGUUCUCAUGCUCACCGAGGAAGAAACUGAUCCAUACAGAAUUCCAACUAAACAAAAUAUGCGGAUGGCAUUAUAUUGGCUCGUACAAGGCUGCCAACCGGGUGACUCCCUUCUGUUUCACUAUUCUGGUCAUGGUUCUCGGCAAAGGAACAUUAGUGGUGAUGAAGUUGAUGGUUAUGAUGAAACUUUGUGUCCUCUGGACUUCGAAACUCAGGGUAUGAUUGUCGAUGAUGAAAUCAAUGCAACAAUUGUUAGGCCUCUUCCUUAUGGCGUUAAACUUCAUGCAAUAAUAGAUGCUUGCCACAGCGGCACUGUAUUAGAUUUACCAUUCCUUUGCAGAAUGAACAGGAUGGGCCAGUAUGUAUGGGAGGACCAUCGCCCUCAAUCAGGUGUAUGGAAAGGAACGAAUGGCGGUGAAGUCAUUUCCUUCAGUGGUUGUGAUGAUGAUCAAACCUCUGCUGAUACAGCUGCUCUUUCUAAAAUCACUUCAACAGGUGCGAUGACUUUCUGUUUCAUUCAAGCCAUUGAGCGUGGGCAUGCGACAACAUAUGGAAGCGUACUGAAUUCUAUGCGUACUGCUAUCCGAAGUGUGGGGAAUGACGUUGGAGGUGGUGUGGCAACAUCCCUUCUCAGCAUGCUUUUGACAGGAGGCAGUGUCAGUGGUGGUGGCUUGAGACAGUUUGCGUGCAUGCCUGCGUGGAAGAAUGGCCUUCCUCUUAGUCCUCUGCUGGGUGUGGUGUGAUUGGGAACUGAACUUGUGGAGAAAUGGGGAACUGGAGUUGUUCUCAGUCAUGGAUGAGAGCAGCUGAAUAUGGGAUUCUAGAGUGAAAAAUAAUAUAUAUUGUUUCGAACCAUGGUUGUUGGAUUCUUAUGAUUUACUAUUUGAUACAAAUUUCAACCAAAACAAUUCAAAUCAUGUUGUUAAAUCUUGAGUUGAGUGAAUCAUACGAUUCACUGCAAUUUAAUUCUAUUUGCAUAAUGCACGAAAUAACUUGGGUUGCGUUUGGUA